UUUGGAAAUUCUGCGGAAACACCAAAACCUCUAUUCGGCGCCGUUGCUGGCCCUGUAGCGGAAGCCCCAAAAGUACCCCUUUUUGGAGCCAGUCAGCCGGCUACCUCCGAAAAACAGAAACCUCUCUUCGGAGCUUCUGCGCCUGCUCCUGUUAGCAAACCAAUUUUUGGUGCUACUACUACUGCACCAGCAGCAUCUACGACAAAUGGAGGACUGAGCUUCAAUUUUGGUUCAAACAAUGCGUUUGGAGGUUUUGGUGGUGGAUCCUCCACACUCGCUGCAGUUCCUCCAUCAUCAAACUCAUCUACCACUUCACUUUUUUCCGCUGGGCAACAGGAUAAUUCGAAACCUUUCCAAUUCAAUGCUACCAUUCCGGAGCCAACGUUUCAGUUUGGUCAGGCGCCACUCUCUGGCCCGACUCCAUUUCAGUUUGGUUCUUCCCAACCAGCAGCGCCAGCUUUUGGAGCAACAGGUAUCACAGCACCAACAGUGCCGAGCUCCAAUUUCGCAUUUACGUGA